CUUUAUCUCUUGCCAGUUAGUCUUGGCAGAGUUCAAGUGGAUGUCAGUUUACAUACAUUGAGUUAUUAAUGCUUGCAUAUAAAAAUACAUGUAAAUAUAAACAUUAUAAAUUGCAGCUACGCCCAGUGUUGAGUGGGUGCUGAAGUGUUGAUCAGUGUUGGUGACCUUACAAAGUGUAAGGGCUGGGUUUGACCAGCAAGCCAGUUCCCUCCAGUGGCCAAGCUUUUGCCUUAAAGAGGUUAAGAAAUUACUUAAGACAGUCCGGUAUAUAAACUAACACUGUGGCUGUUUUUUAACCUGCUCACAUCAAGUUGAAGGGCUGGGCUGUCAUUUCUGGGUCUGAAGUUUGUCUCCUCCCACGAGGUAUGUGGCUUUGGUCUCAGAGCUGAGGGUUAUGUCAGUGUGACUCUCCAGCUGACAGAGAGCAGUGCUGGAAUUGGACUGGCAUGCUUGGGCUCCCUGGCACACACUGCUGGGAUUAACAGUGGUGUGGUGGGCUGCCUGAUUGUGUUUGGGAUAUUCAGUAAGGCAUUUGGAAAUCUAAACCCUUGUUUCCAGAGCACAGGGCUUUUUUUCAGGUUCAAGCGGGGUGACUGUCUGAAUAUUCUACCUACAUUUAAAUUGUGCUUUUGGGUAGCUGAGAGUCAACACGUGAUAUAAACAAAUGGGAAUAUUUCUUUAGCCUGUAUGCCUAUAUGCAAACUAGUAUUAAUAUAUGGUUUUGUUUUUCCCCUCAGCUGACGAUGAUCCUUAUCUUUGAAUUUAGCUAGCAAAGAUAGUUGAAAAGUUUAGUUAUCUAAACCUUGCCAUUUUAAAUCCAAGUUAGAUACUGAAGAAUCUAACUUGAAUCCAAAAAUAGGAUGUGUAGGGUAUUAAAUGGAUAAUUGUUUCUGGAGAGCCUUGGCUCUAACCUAACUCAAAUAAUGGCUAUAGUAAAAACUAAAAAUACCUGCCUUUAAUUGAUGGUGUAAUCCAGAAGUAAACAUAGUACAUUCCUUUGUUUGUGAACAGCAGCUAAAUUGACUGUGUGCCUGAUCAGCACAUUGUGAACUGAUGUAACUUCAUGUUUCUCUAUGUUAGCAAUUAUGUGGAGUAGUUACGUCUAUAUUUUGCAGAAAGAAAGAAGACUGAGAUUCUCAGAUUCUCAGCAGAACUGUAACACUCUGAAUAUUCUGUUAAGUAGCUGCUGCUUUUGCUUUUUUCUUAAAGUAUAGCUGUUUUUGCUUUGACAUUGAUUAUUAUAUAUUCUCACUUAAGAUGCAAAAUUGAUAACCAAGUGCAUAGCGUGUAGCUAAUGGAAACCAUGUAUCACUGAGACUAUUAAUGAUGUUUUCUAUGGGAAAACAUUGUAUUUUUUAUUGUUAUAAAAUCUGCUAUCUGUUAAAGCAGUACCAUUUUUGCCUUAAUACCACGAAAUGUAUUUCAGUGUGAAUACUUCAAGGACUUGAAGCUAUGAAAGUAGUGCUUAAAAAAAUGUUUCACGUGAUUAGGCAGUGCAUUUAAGCUUUUUCUCCUGAAGUAAUUUGAUCAGGUUUAUGAAGACUUAGUUGCUAGACUUAAGUCACAAGGACUUCAAAUUUUUCCUAGGUAUCUUUCUUUUUAAAAUGUUAUUUUAAAAUACAUUCCAGUGAUCUGAGAGCGAUGAGCUGUGGCUCCUGUUCAGGAGUGUGUCCUCUGCUCUUACUGACAGUCACAGGUAGUCCCACCUCUGUUCUAGCAGGCUGCUGGAAACCACCUGGAAAGCUGAGCGCUGAUUGCAGGAUGUGAACUUGGGGUAUAGGAGCAUUCCCUUGCCUUUAUAUCUUUGCAUAAUCUUCAGAUGUGUGGGCAGAUCUCUGAGAGUGUUGACAGGUGGCCACUGAGGACAUGAAUAGGGACAGGGAGGCCUGUUUGUGAAGGAAGGAAAGGGUGUUACUCCCAGUUCAGGCAGUUGCAGUUUGAUAGUCUUACUGGUGAGGACUUGGCUUCCUUUUGCUGUCUUGUGGAGUAAAUAGUGGCAAUUGGAGGAGUUCCUGUGCAGUUGUGAUUUCAAAUGAAAAAUGGGUUGUGCUGUCUGUAUCCCCAGGUACUUCCUCCUGCAUCCUUUAUGUGUAGGUGCCACCUACUGUUUCAAUCAACUGAAAAAGUCAAAGAUUUGAAAUAUUAGUCAUUAACCAGAAGUCAUCUCAUACCUGUAAAGUGUUAACAGCCAUAACCUGAGUAUAAGAUUUAGCAUAUAUGGUUGUGUCCUGUGAUCACUGUUGUGUGCAGGCUGAAUCCAAAUGAUUUUAGUCUUCAAAAAGGUGAACAUUGUCUUUGCAAGAGAAAUUAUUCAGAAAGUGUUUCAUUGUUCCUUUCUCUGCAAGUAGUGUUCUGUAGGCAAGGAGUCCUUUCCCUCUACAUGAUUGGUGUGAGAGCGUUUAGAAACUUGAGUUACAUUUGGCCCCUUGGGGGUUUUGGAGGGUGAUGCUGGUGUAGUUGACUCGCCCCUCACCUCCUCUGUUGUCUGUUUUCCAUGAACCAUUAUGUAUUGUGGUGAUGGAUUUGCAAAAGAAGGCCUUUGUAUUACUUGUUUAAAGGUGACAGACACGUCACAAAUAGAUGUGUUUUGUGAUUGCAUUUAAAUUUUAAACAAGCAUGGACUCUUUGCAGUAUUUUUAGUGUCUUUUCACUGUAAAUUAGAACUUGAAAACGAUCUUUGUAAGAGUAACAAUUACUGCCUCAGUUCGAGUUUAAAGAUGAUCAAUAUUAUACCAUUAUAUUUUGACCUGGAGUUAAUAUCAAGGUGAAAGGCAUGCCUCACAGUGAAGUCUUCAGGCAACAAAAUCCAGUUCUUGCUUAUGAUGACAAACAGUACAAGAUUCAAUUUGCAUCCUUGCCAUCUCUUUGCAUCCUUGGGAUUUUGUAUGAUCAAAAUACCAGAUUUCUCUGAAAUGUGAAUCUAUCAUUGCAGUCUUCAAAGACAAAGCAAAUUAAAAAAUUAGAAUAACUUCUAUAUAUGGGCAUAAGAUACUGAUCUUUUGUCUUUCUGCAAAAGUAACAACAAAUCCACAAGUUCAUCUUCCAUGCUUUGUAUGGUAGAAUGUGUCAUCUCUUUGGUCUGCUUGUUUUUUAUUAUAAAACCAAGCCACAGAAGGUGGAGCCACUGGCAGUGAUAAUAUGACUUCUCCCAUUUCUACUCUUUUCCCAGAUUCAAAAAGGGAAAAAAAAAGAGAGACCAGGUCCCAAACACUUGGACUGAUGUGUCCCUGACCACUCAGACAAGAUGAAUGAGUUGUAUAAUUCCUCAACAUACAUCAUCUAAACAUUUCAGCUUAGAUUUCAUUUAUCUUGGGUAUAUAUUUGCAAUAGGGCAUAAAGAGUUUUGUGUUUACUUCUUUUCCCUGGGCAUUUUGAAACAAGUGUCUGACCCAUAGGAAUUAUCUUUUGGUGCAUUACAUGGUCAAGAUUUUCAAUACUUAAACAUAUUGGUAAAACACACACAAAACCUUCAGUAGAAAUAUUGAUGCUAUUGAAAAGAUUAAAAUUCUUAUAAAGACUCUUCAAAAUAGCACUUCAGAAAAGAAUUAUUGCCUUUUUAGCAGUGAUAGAAAGAUCUCUACAAACAAGAAACUAGCAGAAGAUUCCUUAUUCCUUCCCCAGAAUAUGUUGCAACUGGAUAAACCCCUGUGAAUCUACCCGGAGAAUUUAGAUGAAGCUUUGUGACAACAGUUUAAUUUUCAGUGCUGCUGUGUUAUGAUUUCUUGCCUUGGAGGGGAGGUUGUAUGGGAGAUGCUUUAGAACUUGCCAGAAGAAGUGUUAGUGUUGGUGUCCUAGUGCUGGCUGAAAGAUUGCCUGGUCAGUGGUGUGCACUGUCUCUGCCAGCUGAUUCACCCUUUCUCAGCAUGAUCCCUCUGACAGUCUUAGAAGUCUUGGCAAUUCCUACUUCCUUUUUUCUGCUGCUCACUGUGGUUUGAUAAUUGAUUUUUUAAAAAUUAUUUAUUUUAUUUUGACCUGCCUGAAACUGCUUUUUUUUGGAUUUUUUUUGUCGGUGGACUAGUUGCAGUUAAUACAUUACAACAGGAAGCUGCUGCCUGUCUGCUUCAUACAGGAGUAUGAUGGGUGGGAAAGCAAAGCCUAAAGGGACCUUUAGUUGCUCUGGAGGGUGGCUGUGGUUUGGUGUUAGGAAUAGCUAAUGGCACUGGAAUGGUGGGGGGUGACUGCUUUGAAUGGGCCAGGGAGGGCGGAUCACUAAUCAUUUGUUUGUGUGUCCGAUCCACUGCUUAGUACCCAAGGUGGAAACUGCGUACACAUGGAGAAACUUUGCAAAGCUGCUUUGCGAUUAUUUUGUCUAUUAGUAAUGUUAUCACAACAAUACUGCAAGAAGAACAACAGUGCUGUGAGCACGAACUGUUUGUUAAUUUCUUAAAUAUUUUGCAAUUAAGCCUUUCUAAGGUUUUCUGCUUUCUGUUAUUUCUAACCCUUUUAAUACUCUAUAGACAUUAUUGGGAAGAUUUGCAUGCGUUUUAACAUGUGCUUUCAUGCUAACUUUGAAUGCGAUUUGAGAAAACUUUAUGUACUCACUCUAAACAAAGAUUUGUGGUAUGUAAAUAGCUUUGUAUUCAGAAGUACAUAAGUUUAGCAGAAUAAAUUUGUCAUAGGAAAUUUCCUAUGUUAAGUGUUAGGAGGUAUCAUAAAAAGUGUUUCAUGUCUAACUAUCUCUAGAGCAUUCAGGAUUUGGGGCAGGAAAUAAGAAAAAAACCAAUAAAUUGAAAAGAAAGAACAAUAUUCCUGUCAGACACAUGACUCUUAUUCCUCCAAAGAUCUUGGCAGGUUUGACCAGGUAAUAGGCAGAGAUACUUCAUGUUGGUGUGAUGAAAAAGUUGUUCAGGGCUUGCCUCUUAUUUGUAUGGAAGUUUAUUUCCUUGUUUGCAUUUGAAGCUGCCAGGGAACUUUCUGUUGUCUUCAUCUGCACAGAGGUGGCCCCUGUAGGCACCAGUAACACUGGUACUGCACCUGCUCCCCUCAGCAGUGUUGAAUAGCCUAAGAAAGGAUUCACUUAGUUGAGGAAAAAAAGCCUCCUGAGUAUUUGUGAUUUUGUCUCUCCUGUUCUUCCUAGUAAUGAUUCAGUGCAUUUUACAAUGCUUAUGAUUGGUCAAAGCCUUGGGAACUUGGCAGGGAUCUUCCCUGAUGGGAAAUGAGAAGUUUGUGGUUGAGAAUAGAGGCUGUGCUUCUAAUAUAGUAUUUCAAAGGCCUUUUAGCUAGCUUGUCAGAAUGUAGUGAGUGUACCUGGUUAGCUUUUUUCUAUUUAGGUGCAACUACUCUUGCAUACUCCCUAAAAUCUACAGAUUUUGCAAUGUAAGCUGUAUGUGCACUGCAGUUUUAAGUCUUCUGCUGAUCUGCUAUUUCCUGUGCUGUCCGUAGGUCCAAGGACAUAAGGAACACUUGUACGUUACAGAAUGGAUGAACAAUCACAAGGCAUGCAGGGACCUACUGCUCCACCAUUUCAGCCACAGAAAGCCUUGCGACCCGACAUGGGCUAUAAUACUCUUGCCAAUUUCCGAAUAGAGAAGAAGAUUGGCCGUGGACAGUUCAGUGAAGUUUACAGAGCAACUUGCCUCUUGGAUGGGGUACCAGUGGCUCUGAAGAAGGUUCAGAUAUUUGAUUUGAUGGAUGCCAAAGCACGUGCUGACUGCAUCAAAGAAAUAGAUCUUCUCAAGCAACUGAAUCAUCCAAAUGUAAUUAAAUAUUAUGCCUCGUUCAUUGAAGACAAUGAGCUGAACAUAGUGUUGGAAUUAGCAGAUGCUGGAGAUCUCUCUAGAAUGAUAAAGCAUUUUAAGAAACAGAAGAGGCUGAUUCCUGAAAGAACAGUUUGGAAGUACUUUGUUCAGCUUUGCAGUGCCUUGGAACAUAUGCAUUCUCGUCGUGUUAUGCAUAGAGAUAUAAAGCCAGCAAAUGUGUUCAUUACAGCUACAGGAGUAGUAAAGCUUGGAGACCUUGGACUUGGUCGAUUUUUCAGCUCCAAAACAACAGCUGCACAUUCUUUAGUUGGUACACCUUAUUAUAUGUCUCCAGAGAGGAUACAUGAAAAUGGUUACAACUUCAAAUCUGACAUCUGGUCCCUAGGCUGUCUGCUGUAUGAGAUGGCUGCGCUGCAGAGUCCCUUUUAUGGUGAUAAAAUGAACUUGUACUCUCUGUGCAAGAAGAUAGAACAGUGUGACUACCCACCUCUCCCUUCAGAUCACUAUUCAGAGGAACUGCGACAAUUAGUUAAUAUGUGCAUCAACCCCGACCCGGAGAAGAGACCAGACAUCACCUACGUGUACGAUGUAGCGAAACGUAUGCACGCACACACCGCCAGCAGCUGAACUGAUGCCAGACCAGGAGGAAGAGAGCAGAGAUAACUAAGUAUUUUAAAUAACUCGUCCCACCCCUCUGUGUGUUACACAAAUGUAAUUAUUUGAAGCUUACCGUUGUGCUUUGAAUCGUAAACCAAUUUACAUACACAAGCUUUGUUUUCUGUUUGUUUCUGGGGGUUUUGUUUUUGUUUUUUACUGACUCGCAGUUGUACAACAGGUUUAAAUGUGUAAGGUGUAAUUUCAAGAUACCAAGAACCACUGUUUUCCAUGAUACAUGGGUUCAAGUAUAUUUUCUGUAAUAACACUUAUAUUCAGUUGGGCCUCAGUUCUAAAACACAGUUGCGCUUUUGCACAUGAUACAGAUAUUAGGCUUAUUAUCCAGAAGCAAAAUGUCUGAAUCUCUCACCUUUAUAGUAAUUUAUGGAAAGUAUGAAUCAGCACAGUUAACUUUAUUUUAAUCUUUGUUCUGAGAGGAACAUAAUUAUUAUAGAAGGUUAUUGUAUUUUAUAUUGAAUUGUAGUUUGCAGUUCUUGCUGUAAGAGUAGACAGGUGAUAGGAUUAGUUCUCCGCUUGUCAAGUGCGAUGGAAAAGUAGUUUCAGGAAAAUUUGUCAUGCUGAAAUUUUUGUAACAGCCCUUUUUGUUUUGUUACUCUGUCAUAAUACACAUAAAACACUUGUUGGAGGUUUUCUGGGAAAAUUUUAGGUGUUGAUUCACGAAUCUGGUCGCUUUGAAUAGAUUUGUGCAGCACUGCCCUGGGGCAAUAGGAGUCUGCAUAGUUAAGUCUUAAAACCAUGCAGAUGCUUCUAGUAGCAAAGAGGGUUCUUCUGAGGCUGUCAUUUGAGCAGGUCUGAUUAAAAGAUGUGAUCUUUAGGUUACAACUUCCCAACUGUUUGUGUAUAUGUCACUGUUUGUAGAUUUUUGUGUUUAAAAUAAUUUGAAUGACCUUACAAUGUAUUUAAAUUUUAAAGUGUUUGGUUUUUUUUAAGUACAGAAAUCUUUUGGGAAAGAUAUAAUAGUGUAGUAUAACACAAAAUGUAUUCUACAUAAAUAUAUAAUUUUUGUAUACUAUAUCCUGAGAAUUAGUUUUAUAUUUAGCAAAAUUGAAUUUUAGCUUUUAUGUUUAAGAGAAAGUUGCCAGUCCUUCAUUUGGGAAAUAAAUAUAUGUAUGCAAACUGUCUUACAAAUACUUUAUUAGUUAAAAAGGAAAUGCUGAAUAUUUUUGUUAGACCUUAGUGCCUUUUUGAGUGUGUUUAAAUAAUACUUUUAUUGUUAAGGAAGGAAUGUGCCUUGUUUCUAAAUGUGGCAAAAAUGGAGAGUGGAAUGAAAUUUCUAGAGUUUCAUGACUGAACUUUUUAUACAGAACUGUCUAAGCAUAAUUCUUUUCAGUGAUAACAGCUAAGAAGCUGUUACAGUCAGUUAAAUCUUUUUUCCUUACGUAGGUAAAAAGAAGUUAGUUGAAAUAAAAGCAGUGGGAUGUACAUACAUGUAUAGAUGCUAGAUGCAGUCACUUCCCUACAUGCUCAGAUUUUUUUUUUUGCUUCUUUGUUUCUCUGUGCAGCUUUAAUUUUUUGAUUUGACAUAAUGCUCAAAAAAUAAAAAUCUGUCUAUGGAGUUUGUGGAUGAAAUGUUCAACCUAGGUCAGGAUUGUUUCCAGUUUUGUAUUUUUUAAAACUGCAAAUAGUAUGGAAAUUGUAUUUGGCAAAAUACAGGAGUUUCUAAAUAGUAUGUGCCAGAUCAUGAGCUUAUCUUAAUACAUAUUUUUUAAAUCUUUAUUUCCAGAUUUUGUAGGAUGAAUUCUAUGAAACCAUAGUUUUCCUUCUCACUUCUGUGUGUACUUAAUCUUGUAGGACUUAAAUGGAGAAGAGGUAUUUGAGAAACCUUGGUUUGUAUCUUACAGCCUCUAGAUUUGUUUUUGUUUAUUAUCUGAUUAUAUAAUUUUUAAAAUGAUGGUUAUAUUCUGUAACUAUAUUUCAUAUGUCAUAGAAUGAAAUGCUUUAUAUUGAAAAAGGCAGCACAAUAUUUGCUUGACUACCAGGAUUAACUCUUAAUAUGCACGAGUACUCAUACAAUUUAUUUUUUUUCUGAAAUGGGCUAAACAUUUAAAAAUCACUGAAAAAAAGCCUCAGUGCAGUCAAGCUAUAUGUAUCUAAUCUUAUGCAUAAAGUAUUGAACUUUUCCUGAAAGAAACCGAUAAUAGAUCUCUCUCCCUCUGGAGGAUAUGUAGAGUAAAAAAAUGAUGAGUUAAGAGUUAGCAAAUGUGCGUGCUUAAGCAUUUAAAUUUUUUUUAGGUUUGGGGGGUGGGUUAGUAUUUAUGAUUAAAUCUUGUGUUGAGGAAAAAAAAUAGUUGUUCCUGAUUUAAAAUCUGUAAAACAAAUGGUACAGAUGACUCUGGUACCAAACUUUAUAAUUAAAAAACCCACGUGGGUUAAUAGAACUGCUUACAUAAUUGGGACUGUAGAAUCUAUCCCUAAAGUAAAGCACCUGGUAACAUAUGAAAGUGAUAAGUCUGUUAUAGCACUCCCAUGUGUCCUACAUGCUAAUAAAAUAUUUUCUUUCAUAAACGACCAUUCUCUUUUUCAUAUGUUGAUGAUGACAUAUGACACUAUUUAUUUUAAGCUAUGUUAUUAUAUGUUUAUUUUCUUUAAAGAAAACAUAUUACAUUUCUACCCAAAAUGUCUGACUAGCUCCUCCUGUUAUUUCAGUAAUGCUCUGGUAUUAAUUUGCUUCAGGAGUGAACUUUGUGCUUUGAAUGACAUUGCAUAAAAUCUCUUUUGUCUUGGAAACUCCCCUGCUGUGCAGUAGUCUAAUAGAAAUAAAACACACAGAUACUAAAUACAAUAUAAAAAUUAUAGUGUUUCUAUGAUAUUUUUCAUACUUUUCUUGUUAGAUAUAUAUAUAUGUGUGUGUGUAUUACAGUAGAUGCUACCUUGUCUAGUGGACAGCUUAACUGCUUCCAGUAGUUGAUUCUAGGUGAGAUUUCUUGACUGUAACAAAAGAUAGUACAAUAAAAAAAAAAGUCUUGUUUGUA